CUAUUUGAUUUUAAUAGUUUUUUGCUAUAGAAAUAGUCUAGUUUGAUCAUGUAGUUUGUUUGGUUGGUGAGAAAACUAUGAUGAAAAUAGAAAACAAGAGGUAGGAAAUGGAAUAUUGAAUGUUAUGCGAUAUGUUGCUGGUCAUAGACAAAGUGAAUAACUGACCGUGGUUGAUUGGGGCUCAGUUAGGCGAAAGUUGUUCUCUUCCUCUCUCUUUAGGAUUUUUCUAAUUUAAUUUGGAAAAUGAACUCUUUUUUUUUCACAUUUUCUUGCCCUUUCUCAGGGGCAAAUAGAGGUUGGAUAUUUUCUUUCGUUUUUAGUAAAUUUGAUUUGAGCAUGUAAAAAAUUUUAGUCGAAGGACUAAACAAGUAAAUUUCAUAGAUGUUCCAGUUUCUUAGGGUUCGGAUCUGAGAGCGAAGCUCAUGGCACCAUUGCCGGUUGAACAGACCGGCGAAUCAGUAGCCGGAGAGUCACAGAGAUCGCUCCCGACGCCGUUUCUGACGAAAACAUAUCAGCUUGUGGACGAUCCGGCUGUGGACGAUCUUAUUUCGUGGAACGAAGACGGAUCAACCUUCAUCGUUUGGCGACCUGCUGAAUUUGCGAGGGAUUUGCUACCGAAGUACUUCAAGCACAAUAACUUCUCAAGCUUCGUUCGACAGCUAAACACUUAUGGAUUUCGUAAGGUUGUGCCCGACCGAUGGGAGUUCGCCAACGACUACUUCCGCAAAGGAGAAAAAGCGCUUUUGCGAGACAUACAGCGCCGGAAAAUCUCGCCGACAGCCGCCGCUGCAGCGACGACGGUGACGGUUGCGGCAGUCCUUCCCGUUGUUGCUCGGGCGGUGUCUCCGACGAAUUCCGGCGAUGAACAAGUUCUCUCUUCGAACUCAUCACCCGCCACCGUACCCGUUACGGUGCAUCGCACCUCAAGCUGCUCCAGUACGCCUGAGAUUCUAGAAGAGAACGAACGGCUCAGGAGGGAGAACUCGCAAUUAACUCAGGAACUAACGCAGUUGAGGGGCUUGUGUAAUAACAUACUCGCUCUGAUGACAAACUACGCCGCCGGCCAAAUUGACGCAGGAGGUAUUCCGGAAGGCAGGCCGCUGGACUUGUUGACGGAGAGACAGUUGCCGGUGGAAGCCGGACAGAGCGGCGUCAAGGCCGAGGGCGAUUUAAGCCCACGAUUAUUCGGUGUUUCCAUCGGCGUGAAGCGCGUCAGAAGAGAUGAAGAGGAGGAGUCAGAGAAGGAAGGUCAGACCCAGCAACAAGAGGUGAAAUCAGAGCCGUUGGAUGGAAGUUCUGAUCAUCAUCAAGACCCUCCGUGGCUAGAACUCCGCAGUUGAUUUAACGUUUUAGAUUAGAAUUGAUAGUGACAGGAACAGUGGGCACCUUAGGAACGCUUUUCGAGGAAGGAGCGUGCCAUGAUCGACACGUGUCGCUCGCUUUCAAUUGUAUAUUUAGAAGCUCCAUUCUAGUUGUUUCUCGGAAGCCCUCUCCCUGAGACGUGACGUGUAAUUUUUGCCCGUGGAAACGUGGAACCGCAGCGAGCUGCCCUCUCUGGAAAUGCUGAGGAAGGAGGCUCAUCAAGGUUAGGUUGGUUUGCAAUGUCAAAUUAAGUAUAGAAUUAUUUGAUAUUUUCGGUGACGGUUUCAGCUUAAUGAUCCCAUGAUCCCAUGAUCCGUGAAUAAUGGUUUUAAAAUUUGCCAGCUCGUCGGAUGGGAUGGGUCUAGUUUAUUCCAAACUUUUGGCUUACAGCCCGGAGCAAAUUUAGGAUCAUUACUUGUUAGAGGUAGACUUGACAAGGAGGAUCAUAUCCAAUGUAGAGGUUAUGACUUUUGCUCUGAAUCUCUUAAGACUUUGUUUAUUGCUUUGAUUGAUUGUUUGAAGAAAAUCUGUAUAUAUUUUAAGAAUUU